AUGGAAGCACAUCCGAGUGACUCAACCGGCGUGUGGGAUGGCUUGCUAGACCUCCAGUUCCUCGUAGAUGGCCCAUCCCAGCAUGGCGAUCUCUUGUCUAUGUGGGACGUGGUGGAUGGCGACAAGACUGGCCGCACGUGCAGUCCACCGUCGGGCAAGCGGCGGCGGCCACUACGCGAUUACCACCAUCGCGCGGAGAUCCGUCGCCUUCGCGAACAUGUGGAACACUUGAAGGUAGAGUUGGCGAGAGCCAAAGCUGCCAGUAGACAACUUGACCAGUCUGUGUGGGAAAAAUCCGCGCGGCGCGAACGUGUGGAGAAGCUGCGGUCGCUAGAAGAAAACGCACAACUCCACGCUGCCGUCAAGGAGCGCGCCGUGUUCAUUGAGCACUUGAAGCGGACGUUAUACCGAAAGCCUCGGUGGACGGCACUCCCCGAUGCCACCGUCGACGCAUGGCAGUCGUACAAACUCGCCGCGCAAGCAUCCGUCCGCGCUGCGUCCAUCCAUGCGAUCGCCGACCGGCAGUUCAGACGGCAGCCCCAUGCCUUCAUCCAAGCAGGCAUCUUGGAUCGGGUAGACGAUCUGUUCCGCGCGGAAUCCGUGAAGUUGGCGGGCCACAUCCUUUUGCAAGUUGUGAAUCACGUCAACUUCCCGGCGCCAGCGUCGACUGUGAGUGCCGCAUGCUGGCGGACUUUCAGCGACGGAAGCUCGAGCGAUCGUCGAAAUAUGCUGCCGCUCCCAGACAAUGCGACCGAGACGAUUGAAGUGCUGGAUGCCCACACAAUCUACGAGCGGUUCUGCCAGACGCAAGGCGACAUUACAGGCCAUUCCAACAAUAUUCGAAAGUUCUUCAAAGAUGAGGAUGGCCGCGACGUGAUUGUGUGGAGGACAGUGCUUGACGACGCGUUGGUGCCACACAUGGCUCAGGACGUUGUCGACAACACGUGGGGCUGGAUGACGUGCCUCGUUCAAAUUCCUCUCGAUGCACGGGUGGCACAGGAAAUCGAGUUGUCAUACGAACGGACACGGCCAGAUCAGCGCAACGACAGCCAAACGAUCGAAGCGAUUUUGUCCGCCAUUCGUUCCCUCUCACGCCCUGGACCUGGCAAAUCCAACCACAAACCCCACGACGUCGUCCUGCCAGCCAUGCGCACCUUCCUCGAACGUGGCCGGUUGUUUGAAACAGCCAUGAAAGCUGCGCUCAAUGACGCGAUCGCUCGCUUUGCCACGUCAUAG